GUCAAAGGUAGAAAGGCAAUUCUUUUGUGAGGAUACAAAAGGCCCAGAAAUAUCUCAGAAGGACUCAAGCUACUGAUACAUUACAUAUCCGUACAGCAUGUUCGGAAGCCACCUGAGGUAGCGACGUCCAAACUGAGAGAUAUGGGUCGUGUCCGGGGUGAAGUUGGUGAGCUGCCAAAACGGACCUUGUGGCUAAAUUCAGGUCCUGCGCGAGACUACUUACAAGACGUCGUUCUUACGUCGAUUGUCGAUUUCUGGACAUUUCAUUGUCUGCUCCAUUCUCCCAGUCUUGUUCUGUUCUCAUGGCUGAAGAUUAAGUGCCUACCUACUUACAUGUCUGGGUAGCUCGUGGAACGGAGUUGCAGCCGCCAAUCCAAAAGAAGACUAGGGCAUUCCUGGUCUCCCAUCUUUCAACUACGCUUCCACACGUGACUCGACCGACAAGUAUGGAAAGCGCCCGACCCUUCUUGAGCCGCGAUUCAUUUCGUGAGGCGGCCUCCUUGAUCACCAGUGGAACAACGCUCUUUGACAACCCCAACCCGUCCUCGACUUCGAAUCACACAAAGACAAAGAGUUACGGCCUAGGAUCUGAUUCAAAGAGAAUCUGUCCAUCCGCGAUUUCCGUCGAACUGCAAAAAUUCGAGUUCGGGCAUCAAACAUCCCGUGCUGCGAAUUACCUCUCGCUUUCUUCGCCCCACUGCUUUCACAGCAAGACAUUCUCAAGGAAUACCAAUAUGUCGGUCGAGAUCGCAAUCGAAUCGCCUCUGGCACAAGCACUGAAUUCUGCCAUACAACCAAAAUUGGUAGAGGUGGGAUGGAGCUCAGGUGGCGGCGACGAGGGUCAGCUUGCGGAGUACAUCCUCCUCAUGCUUGCCAACAAUAAAACCCAAGAACAAAUUGCAGCAGAACUCUCGAGCGACCUAUUGGGCUUGGGACCUGAUGAUCCAGGAGCCAGGGACUUCUCGCAGUGGCUUUUCCAGCAGAUCGACAUACUUAAUUCUGCGCAGAAUGGCACAAAUGGUUCCGCGACCACCGAUGGGCAAGCAAACGUGCAGGAUGCAGAGAUGGGUGAUAUCUCAGAUGCUGGAGAUGGGAAAGUACCUACGGGUCCAAAGUCCAUGCGCGACGGCACAGGCGUCUCUCGCCCAAGAGAUAAGAGAAUGCUUGGACACCUAGCAAAGGCAAUGGACAGAACAAAUGAUUCAGUCCUCCACAGAGUUCGUCCUCAGAACGGCAACGAGCGCAUCAAUACCCACUCACGAGCUCCUCCGACUGGACCACGACAGCAAGCACCCGGCCGCGGCGGAGUUCGUAAUCUGAACUCGAGGAUGAACGGGAAUAGUAUGGGAGGCAUGCCAAUGCAACAUGGGGGAGCGGCGCAAAGCAUCAUGAACAUGACACAGGGCCAGCAGAUGCAGCUCUAUCAGAUGCUGGAGCAACAGUCGAAACUCAUGGCAGCAAUGAUAACCCCACAACAGCAGCAUCAGAUGGGCAUGGGUAGAGGCGGUUUCGGACUGAAUAACAACUUCGGCCAUCAGCAACCUGGCAGAUCUCUGUUCGAUCGAGUACAACCACAUCAACGACCGCAGAACAACCAAAGAUUUCCCCAGACUGAUAGAUUUGGUGUCCAAAACCAGCAGCCACGGACUGGCAGUGAAGCACCUUCAUCAUCAAUGGAUGUGGAGAUGUCGCAGGAGAAAAAGGAACUCGACCCGGAGAACACCAAAUGCAGAUUCAACUUAAAGUGCACGAUGCCUGAAUGUAAGUUUGCCCAUCAGUCUCCAGCUGCUCCUCCUGGGGCUGCUAUCGACUUCAGCGAUGUCUGCUCCUUUGGCGCUGCCUGCAAGAACAAGAAGUGUGUUGGCAAGCACCCAUCGCCUGCUCAAAAAAUAUCGUACCAGACCGCUCAGCAAUGUAGAUGGGGAGCCGAUUGUACCAAGGUUGAUUGCCAAUUCGUUCACCCGACACCUUGCCGAAAUGGCGCCGAUUGCAAGGUUCCCAAUUGCAAGUUUGGCCACACGAAGAUCGAAUGCAAGUUCAACCCGUGCGAGCGUCCAACGUGCCCAUACAAGCACCUCGAAGGCCAGAAGAGAGGAAAAUUCGAGGACAAGGUCUGGACGGCAGAGAAGAAGGAGCAUGUUAGUGAGAGGAAGUUUGUGGAGGAGGGAGGGCCGGAGGAGUUGAUUAUCCCAGGCAAGCCAGAGGCAGUGUCUGCUCAGGCUCCAACCAUAAAAGAAGAAGAGCCGAUCUCUUAGGAAGUCGGCGUUGGUAUUGGGAGAGAGGUCAAAAUGUAUACCACGUCCUUUGCAUGUUAUUGGUGUUCAGGGUGGCGUUUUGGUUUACUUUGCGGAUGGAAUUCUCGAAGCAAAAGAUCAGCUCGAGACAAGAUUAUGUAGAAUGCAACGUGCUUUAUUGGCACCUUGAGAGGAAAGACUCUUGAGGUAAGCCACCCAAACAA